AAUGCGCUACUGGAGCAGGAAGUGGGGGAGGCGUUUGAAGUGGCAAAACAGGCUUAUUCAACUGAAAUGGGAGAGGUGAAGAGUUCUGUGAUCGACGACCAGAAGGCUCUAAGUAAUCGCAAACUGCAGCUUGCGCAUUUCCGAGGAGUCCAGACGGCCAUGGCGCAUAUUCGUGAGGUGCGCGCAAACCUUCCGGAGAGGCUGCAAAAAGCGCCGUUCAAGGACAAGUUAGCGGAGCUGGAAACACAAGUAAAGUGCGACUUUCAAGCAACGCUGGAGCGUAACACCACGCUCUCUGCUGAAAUCUGUACGAAGAUUCUAGAGCGUGUGCUUCCGCAUAACCUUGAGGACAUGGCUGCAGAACUCGCUGAACGACCGCGAGAGGACUUUUCUGAUGGUUUGAUCCGCCUGCUGACGCAGUAUAAGUCGGAUCUGCAGAGUGCGUUAGACGAGUAUGCACAAGAAGCAAGUGGACCAGCAGUGCACAAGAGCCUAGAGACAGCUCUGCUGCAAUCUGUGCGCGCAUCCAUUCAAAAGUGGGGCACGAUGGUUCUUCGUCAGUACCAGAAGCACAUGCAGAGCUGGCAGGAGGAAAAGGAACAGCUCCAUGAUGCCUACGAGCUCGCCAGGACCCAGGAUACAGACACAGCGACAUCAGCAAAUGACCAAAAGCAUUCGUACGAGGAGCAACUCGCACAGGCUACAGAGCAGCUUUCUGAACUGCGUCGGGCCUUACACAGCGAGCUUAACGCCAAAAAGAGCGAGCUGGAGCGACUAACGACUAAGAUCACGACCAUGAACCUGAAGCACGAAGUCCGCAUGAAAUAUGCAGAAAGUGACCUGGCAUGGGCUCGCAGUCGCACCGAGGAGCUGGAAAAGUCUAUUGUGGCGGAUCGUCAACGUAAGGAGGAAAUUUCUGCUGCUGCCGCUCAAGUUUUGGAAAAGCAGCGCAAUUUUCACAAAGAGGAGCGAUCGCUGCUGGUCCAGCAAAAGGAGUUGAUGGCGCAGAUUGUGCAGUUGGAACGCGAGCUUGUGCAGAAGAGGACACAGCAUGCGCAGAAGGUGCUUGCACUGCAGAACGAACAUGCCAAAACGAUCGACACCAUGCGGAUGGAGCAGGCCAGGUUUGAGCGCCAGUUGAAGUCUCAGGCCAAGAAGGACUUGGGCUCCCUGAAGAUUGCACACGACAAGGAGAAGAAAGCCAUAGUGGCGGAAAACGCUGCUCUCGAUAAGGAGAUGGCAGAUAUUCAAGAAAAACUGGCGGUGUUUGAGGCUGAGGAGGAGGCAGCCAGAGCCUCCGCUGCUGCUAGCCGUGACUUCUUCAAGUCGAUGCCGUUGAUCCAGCUCCCACUGAUGCAAGCCCCAGCCCCUGCCGCGGGCGAGCACCAGCCAGCACGCCACUCAGCAAAACACUCGACGCCGAAACACCCCUCGGUUCCCGUCCGAUUCGGCUCCUUGGACGAUACAUCCUCGAGCUCGGCAAGUCCGAUCGCUCGCGAUGAAGCCCCACAGACCAACGACAUGUGCAGACAAUCCUGAGGAGCAAAGCGAAGCACGUUUUAUCAACCAGCGUCAGCCUCAACACGGGACUUCGGCGCGAAGCUGUUCAUUACCCUAUAUGCAAUCUACACUGUAGUGCUACCUAUAUCAUCCCUGUUAAAUCCUUGCUGCCGCCGCCGUUCCGUGACGAAGGCUUGAUGCAGAAAGUCUUAUUAUAACCUUGCGCGAAGGGAGCCUCCUUUGCAGCAUCACCGAUCGGGUUCACUUAGUUUUAGUCGAGGUACAUGCGCCUCAACGAUAUCUGGUCUCGAAUCUUUUGGGUGAAUCCGCUACUGUCGCUUGGAAUCAAGGUCUCACGAAGCACCUUCCCACCCGCUUCCUCUUCUUCACUCAACACACGCGUGACAUCAAUAACAACACGAACAGCACCUUCACACAACCACCAACUAGCAGUUAGCGAAUGCCGGUCACUUCUUAGCCCAAACGUUCCACGUACUUGUUACGAACGCCGCCUGCCACGAGUCUCGCUCCGAGAGCUUGGGCGCCUCCAGAACCACCGGGAUCGAGAGGUCGCGACACGCCUUCAACACCAACUCCCUCGUGCUCCCUUCCAAGACACCUUCGUCCGCCGUGUACAGCUUGCCAUCCUUCACUGCAAUCGUCAAAGCCACCGCGUCAGUUUCUUCAGCACUCCCCUACCUCCUCUCCACUCAAUGUACAAGCGCCCUACCAGCGAAAAAGUUGGUGAUUAACCCUUCCAGCAGCAGUCGAUCACCUCCAGACCCAGCUUUGCUCAGCAACACCUCGUGGAUCGGCUCGCCUCGAGACUCCACCAGCUGAGCGACGUGCUCUUCAAUGGGCACUCGGUCCUCAAUCCACUGCGUGUGUUUGCACCGAGCGUUGUCGCGGCCUUCGCCGUAGACCAGCACCGUGGAUGCCAGGCACUUGGGCGUGGGCAUUGGGCAGAUAUGCACCGCGACGGCGUAGUCUGCAGCGUCGGGCAGCGAGUACCAGAGCACAGACAGCAUUCCGUCCACAGUCUCGGUCGCUUGCCACUGCUGCAGUGCUCUGGUCGCCAGCAGCUCGGUGACCGACUGCAACUUGUCCAACUUCAGCUUGUCUCGAUGGCAACUGCUGUCCAACGUGGCGAGACCAUUACGCAGCCGUUGCAAGUGGAAGGACCAUUCUACCAGCACGCUGGACAACUUCGUAGACGCCUUCGACAGGGCCGUCGCUCUCGCACACGUGUACACGCCCGCAGGCCGCGACUGCAGGAACGUCUUUGCAGAAGCGAAUUCUUCACAUAAACGCACAGAAAUCCCCUCCAACCUCUCGCCACCAGCCGCUGCAGCGUCCAAAACCUCCGCCGCCAGCGCCGUCAUGACCAGCCUAUUGACACACGAAAAAUGGCACACUUGUGUGACGCACAUCAAACAACACACCAAAAUCAUUUCGUACUUAGUCGAGUGCUGGCACACGGCCUCACAUUCGCAGCCCCAUAGUCAACGGACGGACCACCAGACGGAAGAUGCUGCGUCGUAGCUCCCAAGCGCUCCUGGCCACCGCGGCGCGCGCGUGCGCCCCCCGCGCCGCCACGUCGGUCGCCUCCGCCGUCCGCCUGCAGAGCGCGAGCUUCUCGACGAUCUACGACCUCAAGACUCCGUACGAGGACGUGAACCGCCACCGCAGCGACGCCGAGCAGCGGAUCGCCAAGGUGCCGAUCGUGGAGGUGGCCGGCACCGUGGCCGUGUGCGACGGCGGCGGCGGCGCGCUCGGCCACCCGGUCGAGUACAUCCAGCUGGACACGCGCAAGCACCACACCCCGCAGACGUGCAAGUACUGCGGCGUGCGAUACCAGAUGAAGGAGGGAUACCACGCCCACUAAGCGCGCGUGCUGGGUGGAGACAGCAGCAGCCAACCGGUUGAGGCAGUCGCUGAUCAGGGAGAAGACAACAUUCAAGUAAAUACAACAGGAGAGAAACGAGAGUGCGU